UUCAGUUACUGUCGCUUGGACUGGAUAUACCGGGAAUGGGAUCUUCAGCAAGAGCAAAGAAAAACUUUCAAUUUUUCCGCGUUUAUGCCCUUCAGAGACUGCUCUUUAUCUUGCGGGAAUAGCUGCGAACAGAACAGUCUGAAAUAGUUUAUACCAAUGUGAAGAAUUAGUGUAGUUGAGGGACGUUCCUGGAAAGAAAUACGAAUGGGAUGAAUUUUGUAAGCAAGAUUACAUUAAAUCAUUUUUAUUUUAGGAAACUUUCCCUGAAUCAAUUUGGCAGAUUUGAGAAAAUACUUUGAAUCCAAUUAAAUCUAAUCAUUUAGAUAUAUUCGUUGUCCAAUUGAUUUUUUUGUUAUUAAGGAUUAAUAUUUCAAAAGUUUGGGACAAAUAUAUCAGAUAUUGUUAUAUAGUGGACUCGGUGCGUAAUUUUUAGAAGUUGAAACGUUUUCUAAAAGAGUUGCUCGUGUGUAUGGAGAGAAGCAGAGGCACCUGUGCUUAUUCGUUGCAUUAUACCAGAGACAGUCAUGGCGAAGUGGUUUAAAGAUUUCCCAACUAGUCUGAAGACCGGAUCCGAUCGGAUCCGAUCUGCUUCUGAAUCGGGAACACAAUCCCGGCCAAAACCGGUUCUGACACCCGCUGCUGGUUCGAAGGGGAGUCUGCGUAAAAACUCUGGAUCGGACAACGGCGGCGGUGGAGUGGGCUCGUUGCUCCACGGAAGAAAUCGCAAAAAUUCGGCCAUCGAGCUUGGACGAAACCACCCAAGCACCGGUUCAAUAAAGGACGGGAAGAUAUGGGAAAUUCUGAUCCCUGGAAAAAGUAAGAAGAAUACUAAAAUGGAGGGCUUCGAAGACCAUCGCACACUGCGCACAACCAGUCUCGCUGACGCGUACAUGAGCCGAAUGAUCAAAGUUAAUGAUCCAAAAUCCAGUACGGGAGGAUCAUCUCCAGACAGCGAGAGAGCGAAGUCAACCAUCAAAGCAGAAACAAUGAUUAUCUUAGAAGACUAUGCAGACCCAUUUGAUGCCGAGAAAACAAGAGAACAGAGGGAAGCUGAAAGAGAAGGAGAGAAUGAUGGAUAUAUGGAACCUUAUGAUGCCCAGCUCAUUAUUACAGAGAUUCGCAGACGUGGAUCAAAAGACCUGCUGAAAGUGUGUGUUGUGUUAAACGGGGGAGAGGGGUCUGGACCCCCGCAGAUCUAUGAUGUCCCAUAUGAAGAGGUUCUGGAAGGAAUUCCCUUGACCCGACCUGAGUCUGAUUCUAGACCACCUGCAGAGUAUGAACUGCCAUGGGAGUGGAAGAAAGAGCAGAUUGCUAGAGCAUUGUCAGCUCAGUUUGAUGGAAUGGACCGUAUGUCUAAGGAAGAUUUUGGUUCUUCUGGUUUAAAGCAGCAGACCCUCAGACACAAGAGCUGGACCCCCAAAUCUCUUCGACCGAAUCCCCCCUCCCCAACAUCUUUAUCAUCUCCAAGUACCACCCCAGACAGCGAGACACCAAUGGUUGAUCCCACCGUGCCCCUGGAGAAACAAAGCUGGUACCAUGGAAGCGUGAGUCGACAGGAAGCAGAAGCUCGGCUGCAGCACUGUAAGGAGGCCAGCUUCCUGGUGCGAGACAGCGAAUCGGCUACCAGCAAAUACUCCAUCGCCCUCAAGACGAGUCAAGGAUGUGUCCACAUCAUCGUAGCGCAGACUAAAGAGUGUGGUUACACGCUGGAAAAGAGCAGUUGCGUGUUUCCGAGCAUUCCAGAAGUUGUGCACCACUACUGCACCCAGCGUUUACCCUUCACCGGGGCAGAACACAUGACCCUACAGCACCCUGUACCACGCACACACUGAACCCUCACACGCGGUGUUUGCGGUUCUCUGGCGCUAGCAAAUCACACCAACAAGCCACAGCGUGACACUGUUUUUCUUAGUGUAUGUAUGCAUAUGGGAAUGAGUGGGAUCUUCCUUAAUUACGUUUUCGAACCCCACCGAAGCCAAAGAUUUUGCAAUAUGCCACCAAAAAGACAAAGGGAGGAAAUAUAUAUCAUGAAUACCCAACUGUUGUUUAAACAUUACAACAUAAUUUACCCUCUCUGUAUCUGUUUUUUAUUUUAUUUUAUUUUAAUCUUUACUUUUCCCUUACAAACGUGCAAGGAGUGUAGCUUUAAACAAGCUCUUUAAACAAAACUUGUGAUGUUGAGGGGUCUGGAUAAAUGGAGUUAUAAGGAUACUAUUUUAUUUUGCCGAAGUGUUUCGGCAAACAGGCCUUCAUCAGGGCUAAAAAGGCUCUUAUUGUACAGCCACGGAAAAAAUUAAAAGACCACUCAAGUUUUUAUUUAAUUGGCAGUUCUGCAUGUAUUUGGGUCAUUCCAGUCCACUGUCUGUUGAAUUUCAAAAGAAACAAACCUCAGGAAUGACAAAAAAAGCAAUAUGAAAGACAGAAUUAAUGUAAAGACGCAUAAAAGUUGUAAAAAAAUCAGGCUUAGGCCAUUACAUCAUAUUGCAUCUUGUUAUUAUUAUUGUUAUUAUGUAUUGUUUUAAAGCAGCUUUACAGGAACAAACCAAACCAAAAAGUUAGUAUUAGUAAUUAAAAUAACAAGCGGUCCAUCUUCCCUCUUGAUUGAUUGUUGACCAAGCUGGAGCUGGUAUGAUCAGUCAAGUCCCCAGGCUCUCGCAGGAGAAUGUCACGUGAUGUUCACAGAUCAUCUCGCAUUACUCAUUACACUUAAACACGCAGAAAAUAUACUUUUGGAGUGGUCUUUUAUUUAUUACGCAGCUGUAUGUACCUAAAAAGUGAAUUGCUCCUUGUCUCCCUCUUCUGGCAGUAGUGCCAAAUUGCAGCAUCUGAUGCCAUUCUUGUCAAGUGACGUUGUGUGUGCCUGCAACAAGGACUGCGCAUUUGUGGGCAGAAUCUUUCCUGCACAGCUCCUGUGUUCUUAGUUCGGCCUGUAGAAUUAGCUUCGAAUUGUAGUUUAAUUCUCAUACUGUGAUCCCAGAGAGAAAUUCUUCUAGGAAACACUGGCGCUUCUUGGAUAGCUGAGGUAAGAUCGUUAGUUUGGAUCAAUACAGCAAAUUGAAGCUGCCUUGUUCAUCAGGUAAAUGAGCCAUUACUGUUGAUUGGCUAAUGUCCCUGCGUUACUGUGAUAAACUUUCUAUUGAUUGGUUUUAGUUUGGGAAUAAUAAAAAGUUGAACUAGUCAAUGACUUGAUUGACCAGAAAGGCAUAUUAUUGAUUCAUGGCAAACGUAUGUGAUACUGACUGAUAAAUCACGUUGAGAAAUCACUGUCUGGUGAUGGGAAGCUUACCUUUGAAUUAAAGUGUCAUUUUUAAAAGGAAUAGAUUCCAUUUUCAUUUUGAAGGUUUUUUUAUUGCAAAGUCUGUUUGUAGGAAGACAUGUUACAAUCUAAAAGAGAGAAAAUGAAAGAAAUGCCAUAUGUUCAAAGAAGAAUGUGCCUUUGUACAAUGUAAGACUGUGCAAAGCCUGAAAUAAAGCGGAUGAUGUU